UUUGUUCAGUCUGAACAACGUUGAGUUGCUGUUGUUGCUGCUGCGGUUAAAAACACAGUCGUCUCUCUAAAGAACUCGUAUUAGCUUUUUUUGUGUGUGUGUAAACUUCACAAUGGCGAACAAAACGACACCUCUUCUCUUCAAAGCGCUGCUGGACAUGUCUGAAGUCCACUCCUCGAAAGUUGUGCGAGGAAACACUAAAGGAGCAAAUUUCAGACACUUGGGAUCCUGUGGGGCCCUGGCAGUGAGGAGGAGCAGCCUGCCCAUCAGCCCCGCCACCUCCAUCUGCAUCCCCAGCCGCAGCUUCAUCAACCUGGCUCUUCCUAUCAGCUCCCGCAGGAUGGAGUACACCGAGUGCCGGACAUUAGGGUAUACUCCAGAGCAGAUGUACAAGGUGGUGGCCAGUGUGGACCAGUACCACCACUUUGUUCCCUGGUGCAAGAAGUCUCGGGUGGCGAAGGGACAAAAUGGUGAUGUCCGGGCGGAGCUCGAAAUAGGUUUUCCCCCCAUCGUGGAGCGCUACACCUCUGAGGUCACAGUUGUCCCAAACCAUCAAGUCAGAGCUGUGUGCACUGAUGGAUCCCUAUUCAGCCACCUUGAAACAACAUGGAGGUUUGCCCCUGGAGCCAAAGACCUACCAGACUCAUGCAAAGUGGAUUUCUAUGUGUCAUUUGAGUUCAAGUCCAUUCUGCACUCUCAGCUGGCCAGCGUGUUCUUUGACGAAGUGGUGAAGCAGAUGGUCAGUGCCUUUGAGUCACGGGCGGCAACACUUUACAGGAACCAGCAGGUGUCACUGAGGAGGCGGUCUACAUGAGGCAACCCUACCCUCUAUCCACAUCCACUCGGACCUUUAAACAAACCCUGCCAGCCUGCUGCUCAUACCUACAGUCAACACUUGUUUUACACAGGAGACAGGAUCUUUUCAGAUUCUUUUUGCACUGACUCAUAUCCUAUUCUUGAGUUGACAUGCACAGGAAAUAUACUUAAAACUAUUUAUUUAUAAGCCACAAACUAAUUUAUUUAUUUUCUUGUACUUAUAUAUUUAUUUUACAGUUAGGAAUAAAUGCAUUGUUUUCAAUUAUCAUUUUGUUUUUUUUUUUAAUUCUGGGAUAAUGUACAGUCAAGUGACUGCUGCUCAGUGCUGAAACAUCUAAAAGGGUUCAGAGCUUUUUCCUGUCUGGCAUUAUUUCCGUCAGUGGAAAUUAAAAAGCUCUUGUUGUGUGGUAAACAUGUGUCCAAGCAUUUCAUCUGAAACUGCUUACUCCUUGUUAUGUCUGGCCAAAGGUGUGGGAAAAAAAGCAUGUGCUUUCAGGACCAGUUGUAUAAGCAAAGUACCACUGACCUGAGGCUACAGUCAAUACUUCCUUCCUAACCAGGUCCCUGUUAAAACUGAAAUGCUGUGGCUAUAUGCAGCCUAUAUUCAAAAACUUCAUUUAAACUACAUUUAGUCCAGUUUUAAAAUUUUCUUUUCAGCUGAAUUACAAUCACCCUCAAAAGAUGUUGAAAAAUCAUUAGACCUAUUUAUUGAUCAAUGUCUUGUGUGUUUAGAGGUUAACACAGUUUUCUUUAUUUUUAUUUACAGCAAUUAAUGUACGUCAUGGUCUGUUACAUGUUGAGAAACCUCUAAAAGGAAAUGGGGUGAUUUUGCUUGUGCUUGACCAUUUUAGCAGCACAGAAUACAAACUACAAGUACAAAAUCAAUUGCCUUUGCCACAAAGUUGCUGCUGGUUUGCUUUUCUGCUUCCCCAUAAGAAGCAGAAAAAAUUUACUGGAGGAGCAAAAGUGCUCCUCAUGUCUGGAAUCCUGGUAAAUGUGCCUGAAAAUACGAAUCAAGUCCGGCCCAGUGGUGUUGUUGCAGAAAUCUCUGAAACACACUGGUUUGUUGUUUGGAAAUAUGUGAGUUUUC